AGCACUCGGUUCAAGAGAGUAGGUUUUUUUGAUCCGAUAUAGGAUCCGGCUUGCGUUCGCUGCACCAUGGCAUCUUUAGAAAGGACUGCGAUGAGUAGCUUUGAUGUGGCGACCAGCUUGCUAAUUCAAUGCCGAAUUGCUCACCAAGAGCUUCAGAGGGUGGCUGGGAAGGAAGGCAAGCUUUUGAACCGGCUUUGCGAUGAGCUCCAGUACAUUCGAAACGAGAGUGUACCGGAAGCCUUUGAGGUGGCCUUGAGGACAGAUAGUGAAAUGCAGAUGCCCAGAGAGCCCAAAGAGCCCAAAGACGCAAAGGAGCAUAAGGAGCCGGAUCCCAUCACCAUCACCGUGCAUGAUGAACAUGGACAGCUGAAGGAAUGUGUGAAAUCCUCCGCCAGCAGCGAGGGAGAAUCUAGUGUCAUGAAGGAACGUCGGACCUCGCAGACUUCCGAACAAUCCGUGAAAUCCCUAAGUGAUGCUCCGCUAGUGAAGCGCAUCUCCGUGCACUCCACAGAGUCUCGGCCUCGUACGCGGCGCUCCUACACAGGCGGCUCGUUGAGUGUCUCCGAGGGCGACAUCCGUGCGGUGCAGAGCUACUCCAUCAACGGCAUCCGCAAACAGGACCAGCCAGCACCACGACAUACCGUGGUCAGCCUUGUGAAAGCCAACUUUGCGGAGUCGGAGAAGCGGACGUGUUCCUCCUGGGUGUAUUUCUUUGCAGAUUUUCUUGAUUGGCUCUGGAAACUCCAAGAACCUCCUCGGCAUGGAUGUUUAGCCAGGGUGGUGCGAUCCAACCUCUUCGGCGCGGUUUGCGGCGCCGUGAUUCUGAUGAACGCCAUUUUUAUCCUUUAUGCCACAGAUUAUGAGAUGCGGACGAUAGAUGAGCCACUUUCAGCAGAUGUUGAUAUAUCAGUCAUCGAGGUUGCGCUGGCAUCGUUUUAUGUACUGGAACUACUGCUCAAGCUCAUUGUUCACAGGCUUUACUUUUUUUGGAAUGACGAGAUGGCCUGGAACUGGUUUGAUGCCAUACUUGUGCUAUUCUCCAUCAUUGAGAACUUAUUGCUCGCAACACACAACACUGCAUCUUCGGUCAACCUGGGCUUUUUGAGACUGGUCCGCCUGUGCAAGAUCGUCAAGAUCUUGCGGGUCUUCCGUACAUUGAGAUUCUUCAGUGAACUUAGAUUGAUGUUGGAUUGUGUAGUUGGAUCUUUGAUGAAUGUAUUUUGGUGCGUGAUCAUGCUUCUCUUUGUGAUAUACGUCUUUGCCCUGCUACUCCAACAAGGGGUGGUUCAAUAUCUGGCAGAGCACAAGGCUUCUUUGAGCGCAAAAGGUCUGGAUGAUCUCAUGACCUAUUUCGGUUCCGUUGGGGUGACCAUCGUGACCCUGUUUCAAUCCUGCACCUCUGGUGUAGACUGGAACGAACCAUAUUCCAGCUUGUUUCAUACGCGCGACGCGACCGGCGACCUUCUGCCCGUUGCUUUCCUGCUCUUUGUGGCUUUCGUUCACAUUUCAGUUUGGAAUAUUAUGACGAGUACUUUUGUGGAAAAGGCACUGAAACUGGCCCAGCCCGACAUCGAUAUGCUCAUUCUUGAACAGCAGCUUCAAGCUUCUUGUUUUUGUAUGUUUUUGUCAAAUUCAUUUGGAAUUGGACCAACAAACCACAACCAACCAUGUUGAAAUUGCCCUGCGUGUUGAAGUUGCUGAGUCUUGUUAAGGAUUUUGAAGACUGCCGGAUGCUAACGGAACUCUUCAAGAAGAGGCUAAUGAUUGACCAGGAGGGUCAUGAACGUUUGGGCCUGGAAGAGUUCCGAAAGAUCGUUGAGACCUAUGAAUUCAGGUCUUAUCUGCAAACCAGAGGUAUUGACAUCAAGAAUGCCGAGACGUUUUUCCAGAUGCUGGUCGAGUUGCAAGGGGAAUCCACCAUCGAUGCCAACACCUUUGCAAAUGCAUGUGUUCGCAUGAAGGGUGCAGCCACAAGCAUUGACCUACAGACAGUGAUGUUCACUACACAUUUGAUGAAUCAGGACCAUGGUGGACCAUUUGAUGUUCGUACCUUCCGCCGGAAAAUACCCAGUCUCACGCCCAGCGUUUCCAGUCGCAGUUGAGGAGACAUGACCCAUAAUGUUGAGGCGGGCACGCCAGCCAUAGAUACAAGGGUCCAAAAUAGUUGUUUAGCAAACAAAAGCAACAGGUAAAGCAAACAACAAAACAACAAAAUGUAGCUGUGCGUGUUUGUCGUUUCUUUUUUGGUGUGUUGUUUUCAUAUUUUUGUCGCUUUAUUUUCUCAGUUGUUUCGCUUUAUUUUCGCAUGUUUUUUUCCCGCUUUUUUCCUAGGCCCGUACAGCAAAUAUUGCUGACGGGUAAAAGUUCUCACAAGUGCAGAAGUGGUACCAGGAAAAAAGCAAAAAAAGAGCAAAACAAGUGCAAACACAAAGCAUUUGCGCUGCUUUUGCAUUUUCAUUUGCUUUUGUUUUGCUUUUUUUCACCAAAAAACAUUGAUGGUUGGUCAUGUAUGGCUGCCAUUGCUCAACGCAACCAUAAUGAUCCUUUUUUCAUCUUUUUUCCGAAUUGUGGACUUCUGGCGGAGGACUUUCCACUGACUAAACGGGUCAGAAGGGGCCUUUCCUGGAGAUGUGGGCACACCACUUCUCUCAAUGUCCGCCUGUGACCGCAAGGAAACUCACAUACAACAAAAGACAUCAAAAGACUAAGUCUGACUAAGUGUAUAUAGUAAUAUAUAGUAUAUUUGUUCCGAAG